UUCCGUCACAUGUACUGAUUUGUAUCUGAAUUACCCAUCAGGCUAAAAGUCCUGGCUUAAGAAAGCCAGGUAAGAAAAGUCUAAGUCUUCCUGCUGAAUAAGUACUGUUUUUAUAACUCUUAUCAAAAAGCUAAAUGGCUAAGGCAGAAAAGCAUGGUAACCUCUACCAAAAUAGUAAGGUGGCAGGGAGCCAUGAAAAUGGGGGAAAUUAGAGAAUAUCGCAGUCUUGGGAGCAUCAUAAUUACUGAUGACGGUUUCUUUUCUUUUGUGUACUGACUGCAGAGAAAGGAUCACGCGUGGGAGACAAGGUAUAUUAAAGCCUUUCUUCUGAUCAUUUAGAAACAAUCAGAAAAACACAUUCUCCCUGGAGGAAAGACACAGACAGGGAAAAAGUAGCAUACGAGCGCUCUGGAGGCUGAGCCAGUCUGAAUUCCUGCAGCCCAUCAGUCCCGAAAGGAUUUUUCUUUUGCUCUGAGUUAACAGAAUUAUGUUCUAAUCAAGGUCUGUGAAUAAGAUUAAGGGUUGGAAUAAAUUAAGGACGUCCUUUACAAAAAGUAGGAAAGGCAUCAAACUGCUUAGCACUUAGCUACACUUCAAGUUCAGCUAUUUUAAUAAAUAGUUUGACUUUUGUUUGAAAAAGUAGGAGUGGGUGGUAACCAUCUGUUUUUUAAGAUAAACGGGCUUCACCAAUGAAGGCCCAGCAGACCGUGAUCAUUGGAGCAGGGAAAACGUGGAGAAUUGAAAUCUCCAGACCUGCGCAGAGAGGGCAGCAGAGGGCCCGGGGCAGGCAGCCUCCCCGCUGCCGGCCAGGAAUCGGGCUCUGGUCCCGGCUCAGACAGAGGGCAGGCGUGGGGACUGAGUGCGCAGUGGACAGAGGACGGCUGGGAGGGGUGGGCCUGCGGGAGACGGGGGUGAGGUGUGCACGGGGGAGCCAUGCCGGCCUGUCCCCCUCUCGCCCAGGAGCCGCCAUGCACUGUCCCCUCCGGCGCUGCUGCGUUGUCUCAGUGGGCCUCGGGGUCCUGUGGCUCCUGUUCACGCUGGAAAUGCCCAGGGAAGUUGAAGACGAGCAGGACAGGAUGGCUGUCAAGGUCCAAGUUGCGGCCUAGCCCUCACUGUGUGGGUUCAGGGUGGGUGGGGGGUGUGAACAGCACCCAUCCCUCUCACGGGAGAGCAGGAGGCUCCAAGGGGUGGGUGUGGACCUGGCUGGACCCACUGGUCCACAGAGAAGCUGAUUCCCUGUCCCUCCCCCCAUAUUUGUUAAGGUGAGGAACACAGCAAGUACUGUGUGAGCCCUGGAUACUCUGGUCAGUGGUCAGACGUCCUGAUACCGCGCUGGGCUCACUCUGGGGGGAGUGAGCCACUCUUUCCCUGGAGGAGCUCUGGAGAGACCACCAGCGAUAAAGCCUGUGCUUUCUAUGGCAGAAGGACCAGAUGUUGCCUCUGGCAGUGCCCCAGGAGGACAGCCACAGGAGAAGGAAGGACCUGGGACCGCCAGAAGACUGGAAGAACCUCACCUCCAAAUACCUGGAAAGACUCCAGCAGAGAAAGAAGACGUGGCUGACGGUGGGCGUCUCCUCGCGGCCCCGGCCGGGGCCCGACCCCAGCGGCCUGCUGUACACGCUCCUCUCGGUGUUCCGCGCCACCUCGAAGGUGGAGCAGAAGCGCCUCACGGUGCUGGUCCACCUGGCGGGCGCCGACCCCGCCUGGCUCGGGGAGACCGUCCUGCACGUUUCCAGCCUCUUCAGCCCGCAGAUCUUGGCGGGGCAGCUGCUGCUGAUCCACGCCCCCCCAGACGCCUACCCGCCCGCGGGCGCCGGGGGCGCCGGACAGGAGCUCUACUCCCAGCAGAACGUGGAUCACGCCUUCCUCCUGAGCUCCGCCUCGAAGCUCUCAGAGUACUUCCUGCUGCUGGAGGACAACGCCUUUUGCGCCCCAAGUUUCAUCAGCCACCUGCAGUGGAAGGUGGAGGCGCUGCGGCCUCAGCCCUGGGCCUUCCUGGAGUUCGCCAACCUGGGCGUCCUGGGCAAGCUCUUCCGCAGCAGCGACCUGCCGACGCUGGCCCACUUCCUGCUCCUCUUCCACCGGGAGAAGCCCCUCGACAGGCUGCUCGCCCACUUCCGCGUCCUCCUGGCCCAGAAGGACCCCAUCCUGUGCACGCCCUUCCUCUUCUACCACAGGGCCCCCUACGGCCCCCGGAACGGCAGGCAGAAGGCCUCGGGCGCACGCAGAAAGAGCUCCUGCGCCCCUGACAACCCGCCGGGAGCCGCCUUCACCGACAUGAAGGUGUUCGAGGUCCACUCCCCCUGGGAGGCCUACACUCUGGAUGAGUCCUUCUUCUGGACCCACAAUGUGAGUGCCGGCAACCACCUGACCGUCAUCCUGACCCAGCCGGCCGACCUGAGGAGGGUGCAGGUGCUGACGGGCACCAUCGUGGAGGGCAAGUACGCCCUGGAGAGGGGGCAGGUGGAGCUGGGCUACGGGCCCGAGGGCACGCCGCAGUGCUGCUCUAGCUUCGUCCUGCUGGGCCGCCUCCUAGAGGGGCAGCUGGAUCAGGAGGUAGUGCCCAGGUCCGUGGGGCACCAGGUGAGCUGUGUGAGGCUGCUGGCAAACGCCAACCAGGCGGGCGGGCUCAUCGUCAGGCACAUUUACCUCUGGGAGGAGCAUGCCAGAGACGCGGGCCGCUCGGGAUGAAGACAGACGAGGAAGACACCGAAAAAUUAAAACCUUGCAGCCACAUC